GGACCCAAAUGAAGUGGUUUAAUGCUUAAUAGAAAUGAUUUGUUGUUAUUUUAAUGCGGUCUGCCGAGACCAGUUUGGUGGGAUCAUAGUCCGGAUGGAGGUCGGAUAAGGAAGUGUUUCGGUCGUUUCUCGGAAAACCUCCACUCAGACCUGAACACUCCAGUAAGGAUGGCGCUCCGGGCAGCUACUAGUCGCUUUUUCUUUUUCCAACGGACAUAUUUUAAGGUCAACAUCACUGGAAGUCACCUCGCUGUUAGAUUUAAGGCGACCUGUCCUGUUGAAGUGAGCCAUUUGGAUCAUUUGGUGCUGACAGUAAAAAGCGUGCCAGACACAAUCAACUUCUACACAUCAGUACUCGGAAUGGAGGUCAUCACUUUUAAGGGUGACCGUAAGGCUCUUGGUUUUGGGAAGCAAAAGUUUAACCUUCACCAGUUGGGACAAGAGUUUGAACCAAAGGCGAAACAUCCAACCUCAGGCUCUGCAGACCUCUGUCUCAUCACUAAAACCCCUUUGACUGUAGUGGCUGACCAUCUGAAGGUUUGUGGCGUUGACAUUGAAGAGGGUCCCGUACAGAGGAGUGGAGCCGUGGGAUCCAUCACCUCACUUUACUUCAGGGAUCCAGACCACAAUCUUAUUGAAGUUUCAAACUACAGCCAGUCAAAACCAGACGGCUUGGCAUGAAACUUUAAAAAAAGGAAAAAAGUGCUACUGUAUAAUCAUAAAAGUUUUAAACCAAAUUAACUUCACCAGUUAUUAAUGACUGUUAAUAUCUGCUAUAGAGAUAGAUUGUAGGCAGCAUCCACCAGCUCAAUAUAUUUUAUUUGUUGCUUUAGGAAAAAAGUGUAAAAGAAAAUAAAAUAUUUUCCCUUUUA